CAAUGUGGACCUGACAGCUGUUGUGAUCCUCAACGCUGUGUGCUGAAACAAGGAUCCCAGUGUGCUACAGGAUCAUGCUGCCAGAACUGUCGAUUUGCAAACAGUGGUCAUGUGUGUCGGCCCAAAUUGCAUCGUGAGUGUGAUAUUCCUGAAACUUGUAAUGGGAGCUCUGGAAACUGCAACCCUGACAUAACUGUACGCAAUGGGCAGCCCUGCAAAAAUAAUCAGUUCAUGUGUUUCGAUGGAGACUGCCCUGAUCUUGAUGCACGUUGUGAGGAAAUUUUUGGGACAGAAAACGUUUCUGUGAUUUAUGCUUACGUACGCAACACAAUAUGUAUAACUAUGGACUAUAGAUUGGAGCCAAAAGACUACAGAUUGGAUCCAAUGAGGGUCAAGAACGGUGCUAAUUGUGAUAUUGGGAGGAUAUGCUUUAAUAGUGUAUGUAUAGACACAGGGACGAUUAAGGGAGACGCCCUACAGUGUUCUCAAAAGUGCUCUGGAAAUGGAGUGUGCAAUUCCAACAAUGUCUGCCAUUGUAAUGAGGGCUUCCAGCCUCCAAGUUGCCAAAGACGUUCCAGAGGAUCUUCUAUAUCGCUUGGGGAAAAGGGUUCAACUACGGAAAGAGCUUCUAGGGAUGCUGGCAAGAACUGGCUUCUAGGUUUCUACAUUGCUGUUCCUAUUCUCAUCACAGCAACCAUAAUAGUUGUGGCAUGGACUAGCUUGAAAAAGUGGUUCACCAAGGAAGAGGAAUCCCUAAGUAGCGAAUUAGAAGGCAGCGUUCACACGUACAGCAGCAAAUCCAGAUCAGAAAGCAGCAGCCAAACGGAUACUAGCAGAUCCAAAUCACAGGGAAGUACCCAAACACAUAACAGUAGUAACUAGUAAUUCCUUCAGAAGGCGAUGGACGGUAUCAUUGGUGGCACUGAGAAGUGAAGAUCUCGCCUUUCCUCCCUGGGCACAGCUUAACAAAGCAAUAAACCGAGUGUGGACCAGUUUGCAUGUCA